CCUGGGGCCCCUCGGAGGGCGAGGGCGGGCUGUCCCAGGGCUCAGCGGCAGGCAAGAAGGGGUGGAGCCUGCUCUGCCUGUGGGCCUUCAUAAGAGCCGCUGGCUGUCUGCGCCGGCCUCCUGGCUGGACCUGAACGCAGUGCGCAGGCCGGCUGAGGAGCAGGGGAGCCCUCCGGCCUCUCUCUGCCCGGGUCCGUCCGUGGAAUUCCGGCCGGGGCUCCCCGCGAUGGCUCUCCCGACACCUUCGGACGGCACCCUCCCCGCGGAAGCCCGAGGACGAGGACGGCGGAGGAGACUCGCCUGGACCCCGAGCCAAAGCGAGGCCCUGCGAGCCUGCUUUGAGCGGAACCCGUACCCGGGCAUCGCCACCAGGGAACGGCUGGCCCAGGCCAUCGGCGCUCCGGAGCCCAGGGUCCAGAUCUGGUUUCAGAACGAGAGGUCACGCCAGCUGAGGCAGCACCGGCGGGAAUCUCGGCCCUGGCCGGGGAGACGCGGCCCGCAAGAAGGCAGGCGAAAGCGGACCUCCGUCACCCCAUCCCAGACGGCCCUGCUGCUCCGAGCCUUUGAGAAGGAUCGCUUUCCCGGCAUCGCCACCAGGGAAGGACUGGCCAGAGAGACGGGCCUCCCGGAGUCCAGGAUUCACGUCUGGUUUCAGAACCGAAGGGCCAGGCACCCGGCACCGGGUGGCAGGGCGCCGGCGCACGCAGGCGGCCCGUGCAACUCGGCCCCCGGCGGGUGUCACCCUGCUCCCUGGUCGGUCGCCCCGGCAGGCGGGGAUGCUGCCUACGCCGCCCUGGCUCCUCCGGAAGGGGCGCUCUCCCACCCUCAGGCGCCUCGGUGGCCUCCGCACCCCCCGAGCAAAUGCCCGGGGGACCGGGACCCGCAGCGCGACGGCCUGCCGGGCCUGCCCGCUCAAGCUGGGCCACAGGGCCAAGGUGUGCUUGCGCCACCCCCGUCCCGGGGCAGUCCGUGGUGGGGCUGGGGCCAGGGGCCCCAGGUCGCCGGGGCCGCGUGGGAACCCCAAGCCGGGGCAGCUCCACCUCCCCAGCCCGCGCCCCCGCCCCCGGAGGGCUCCGCGCGGCAGGAGCAGAAGCGAGCCGUCCCGGCGCCCUCCCCACCGCCCCAGGAGCCCGGGCGCUCGUCUGCCCUGCCCUCCGGCCUGCUGCUGGAUGAGCUCCUGGCGUGCCCAGAGUUUCUGCAGCAGGCGCACCCUUUCCUAGAAACCGAGGCCCCGGGGGAGCUGCAGGACUUGGAAGAGCCCGCCGGGCUGGAACCACCCCUCAGCGAGGAAGAAUACCGGGCUCUGCUGGAGGAGCUUUAG